CCGGUGCGGCGCGACCGGGUGGGGGCUGUGGAGCGAGGCGGCUGGAGCUGGAGGAUGGAGCGGCCAGAGUGGCCCGCAGUGGAGCCGGGCGCCCAGCUCCGUGCUAACGGCUGCAGCGGCACGGCCCACGGCGCUCUCCGCAAUGGCUACGUACGCGGCCUGCCCGCGCCGGACACCCAGAUUCAUCAUAUUGUGCACAAUGGAGGAUUAUACAAAAAGCCUUUCAAUGAAGCCUUUGAAGAAACACCAAUGCUGGUUGCUGUGCUGACCUAUGUAGGCUAUGGUGUUCUCACUCUGUUUGGAUACCUGCGAGAUUUCUUGCGACAGUGGAAGAUUGAGAAGUGUCAAAAUGCAACAGAAAGAGAGGAACAGAAGGACUUUGUCCCAUUGUACCAGGACUUUGAAAAUUUCUACAACAGAAACCUCUACAUGCGCAUUCGAGACAGCUGGAACAGACCAAUCUGCAGUGUGCCAGGGGCCAAAGUAGACAUGAUGGAGAGAGUUUCCUAUGACUAUAACUGGACGUUCAUGUACACUGGGAGAGUGAUAAAGGAUAUUAUUAAUAUGGGUUCCUACAACUAUCUUGGAUUUGCACAGAAUACUGGGGCUUGCCAAGAAGCAGCAGCUAAAGUUCUGUCUCGGUAUGGCGCUGGAGUGUGCAGCACUAGACAGGAGAUGGGAAACUUGGACAAACACGAGGAGCUGGAAAAAUUAAUUGCCAGGUUCCUAGGUGUGGAAUCUGCAAUGGCAUAUGGAAUGGGGUUUGCGACUAACUCUAUGAACAUUCCUGCUUUAGUUGGCAAGGGCUGUCUGAUUUUGAGUGAUGAACUGAAUCAUGCAUCACUAGUGCUUGGUGCAAGACUGUCAGGAGCAACUAUUCGAAUCUUUAAGCACAACAAUAUGCAAAGCCUGGAGAAGCUGCUCAAAGAUGCUAUUGUAUAUGGGCAACCUCGUACACGAAGGCCCUGGAAGAAAAUCCUUAUCCUGGUGGAAGGAAUAUACAGUAUGGAGGGAUCCAUAGUGCGUUUGCCUGAAGUGAUUGCCCUUAAGAAGAAGUACAAAUCCUACCUAUACCUUGAUGAGGCUCAUAGUAUAGGUGCUUUGGGUCCCAGUGGCCGGGGUGUAGUGGAGUAUUUUGGACUCAAUCCUGAAGAUGUGGAUGUCAUGAUGGGAACAUUUACCAAAAGCUUUGGAGCUGCUGGAGGAUACAUUGGAGGCAAGAAGGAAUUAAUUGAUUACCUCAGGACAUACUCUCACAGUGCUGUGUAUGCAGCAUCACUGUCACCUCCUGUUGUGGAGCAGAUCAUCACCUCCAUGAAGUGUAUUAUGGGUGAAGAUGGUUCAACUUUUGGGAAAGAGUGUGUACAGCAGCUAGCAGAGAACACAAGGUAUUUUAGAAGACGACUGAAAGAGAUGGGCUUUAUCAUCUAUGGAAAUGAAGAUUCCCCUGUUGUGCCUCUUAUGCUGUACAUGCCAGCAAAAAUUGGUGCAUUUGGGCGUGAGAUGCUGAAGCGGAACAUUGGUGUAGUGGUUGUGGGCUUCCCUGCAACUCCAAUCAUUGAAUCCAGAGCCAGAUUCUGUUUAUCUGCAGCUCAUACCAAAGAUAUACUUGAUACAGCUUUAAAAGAAAUCAAUGAAGUUGGGGACCUUUUGCAACUGAAAUAUUCCCGUCAUCGGUUGGUACCUCUCUUGGACCGGCCAUUUGAUGAGACUACAUAUGAAGAAACAGAAGACUGAACUUCCUCCAUGUGCCUUGGUGGGAAGAAUGCACCCCGUGGGACACACUGUGGCACUCAGGCCACAGAGCCCAUGAACAACACGCUUAUGACUGCUUAGCAUAAAAGACAUUUCCCUACAAUACUGAAGUGGCCACAUCAGCUCUAAACGGCAUUUUGUAAAUAGGGAGAGGAAACAAAAGGUUUGAUUCCUGUGUCUUCAGGGUCUGGCCCUAGAGGUGCUUGGCUUUUUUUUUUUUUUUUUUUUUUUGAUUUUUUCCUUAAUGCUUUUUUAUUUAUUUGUCACAAUGAAUUCACAGCAACCCUAGCUGGCUGUGGGUGAACAGAUCAGACUUUGUAUGCACCAUUAGCCUUCCUAAUGCUGGCUGAGAUGUUGUAAUGUGUGAUGCUGGCAUGGCAGCAUUUCCAGUGUCACUGCUAGGUGUCUGACCUUCCCAGUAAGGAGCGAGCUGACCUGUCUGUUCAUUCUGGAACUCCUAGAGAAACUGUUGAUUGCUAACUUUAACAUAUUUAACAAGAUGGAUAAUCAACCAAAGCUUUUUUCUUUUGCAGUUACUUGUGUUUAAAACUUUAGCCUUUUUAAAAUAAACAUGCUGUUGACAAGUCACUGACAGGACCAUUGUUCCCAAACAUUAUUUAGUUUUGUAAGCCACAAACAGAAAGUCUUCUGGGACUCUAGCCUCUUUCCCUUUGCAGUAUGGGUACCAGAUUGUCUCCUGAUUUUGAAGAUGGAGAGAUUUUUUUCAUAGGCUGAGUUUUGUUUUCCUUCUAACAUACUUCAGUUUUGUUUCUAAGUGGGUUCAGUGAAUUUUGCUUUUUAUCUACAGAUGAAUUUAUCUUCUGCUUUGAAACUAUCAUAAAAAACAUUAACAAGUAUAUCUGGUAACUAAUAGUUAUUAGAAGGAUAUUCUUGGAAUCAAAUAAACCAUAACAAGCCUUGUGCUUCUUUGUAAGAUCAGAACCACACAAAACUCAGGGCUAUGCAAUGGAUGACUACUAGGAAAACCACUUACUUCAUGCAAAUCUGUGAAAGAAUGAUUGCUACCCUUCGCCACACUAAUUCACUCUUCUUUGUCAUAUUAGAAAUGUUCUUCAUUGGCCUCGCAGUGCAAGGCUUUUAUGCAAACAGUAUAGACAGCCUGGGUCUUGUAUCAUACGUAUUUUUUUUUAGGCAACCAACAAAAUCUCUCAACUGGUAGCUGCAUGUCUUUCUAGGCUUUCCCCAAAGAGAGAAUGUGCUCACAAUUGCAUUGAGUAUAGAACAGACGCUUUAGACACCUUUGCUUUAGCACAUAUAAGAGCUGUUCUGCUACUUAGUCAUUGCAUCUUGAAUUCUUUCAGCAAGCAGAAUGGAUCUUUGAAGAGGAAACAAAACGUUUACAGCAAGGGUCAGUUGCAGUGUUGUUGGUUCCUGUAUGUUUACCUUGGACAUGUGAAUUUUUUGCAAAGACAGCAAUAUUUCAGCAUUGUGAAGCAUGAAAGUUAAUUUGGUUUUGGCUAGCUGUACGAUUCAGUUAGUCAUACUUUUUGUAGGUGACAGUGGAGUGUUUUAAACAAAUUCUUCAUCUUAAAGCAGAGUGCAGUUCAAAACAAUGCCUGGUGCUGCAAAAAAAAAGUUAUUUUAAAAAUUUGUUUAUGUUCACUCUGCAGCUAACAGGGAUGGAACUCUUUAGUCACUAGAACCAAAGAGUUCUGCAAAUACAUUUUGUGAAUUAAAGCAGAAUUGUCUUCUAUUUUAUAGAAUAUCUGUCUUCAUGUGUUUUAGUUAAGUGAACUUCAAAACACUGAUUCCAUUUUUACCUUUGCAGUUCAGAAAUUUAAUUAGAUGAGAAAAAAUAAAACUGGCUAUUUUUAAAUUAGGUCAGGAUAACUGUUUCUGAUUUAGUCAGUCCACUAAUGUUGAUUUGUUAGUCUUCUGGAGCAAAAUGUGUGCACAAUCUAAAAAGUGUAUAACCUGCAUUUCCAACCUUGAUAGGUAUGGAGUGAUCUCAUUUGUUCAGCCAUAGAAUAAACUGCAAUUAGCUGAGCUUACCUUGUCAGUUUGACCCUCCUCAUCUGCACUCUGCCCAGGACAACUUCUAACAUUCCAGCAGGAUCAGGAAAGAGUUUGAGAGCUGACAAAAGGAACCAAUGCAGAGGCAUAGGCAUAGGCAUGGGUCAGCGCGGAGCUAUUUUGAGCAUUCUCAAAUAUACAGUGGCUGUGUCUGCUGUGUGGUCAGUCAGUUUGAAAAGUGUGACAUACUAAGUUAGAGGUGGGCUGUCUUAUAUUCUGCAAGUCUUGAGUCCUAAUCUUAUUUCUGGAAUUUAGUUCUGGGCAGCUUGUCUUUAGAUGGGAGAAAGAAAGGCUGGCUAUAUAUCAGUAAUUUGGUUAACUGCUAUAAAACAUUUCUGAAAUUAUCAAUGUUUCAAAAUGAUUGAUUGUCAGUGUUUUAAAAUGAUUGGUAUCUUCCGGGAUUCCCCUUGCAUUUGUUUGCAGAGACUGUGUUUAUGCUAAACUUUUACCAUUUAGUAUCUUUCUGCUGUGUCACGCUGCUUGCAUAUAACUGAAUUCUCGGUUGCUAAGACAUUUCAGAAAUCAC